GAAGGGGCGGUGACGCGAGGCGGUGGCGCGAUGGAGGGGGAACCAUAGAGCGCUGUGCUAGACCGCCGCGGGCAGGGCGCGAUGGGCCAGCGCGGGCGGACUGCGGGGAGCGGGAACCGGCACCGGCCCGGGGGAGCGGCGGCGCGGCCCGGUCCCGGCUCCCCUCGCCCCCCCGGGAAGGUGACGCGCCAGCGCUGCCCGCCCGCUCGCCCCCGCGGCUGGAGAUGAGGGGCCGGUGACCCCGGCGCACCAUGGCCUUCUGCAGCUGGAGGACGCUCCUUGCCGUAGCCAGGCCGAGUUUCAGAGGCGCCCAUCUUCUUGCGCACUCCAGUUCUCCAUACUCUCCAGCAGUCACUUUUGGCCAACCGGUGGAUUCUCACUUAAACCGGACUCGUGUAAGAGACCCUGGAAAGCAGCCCUCGCGGCGCUGCGCGCGGCUGGGUACCGGCCUGCCUCCCGCGCCGCCUGAAGCCGUGCGAACGCUGCACGCGUCCGCCUGCUUGGCUCGGCAGCUCCGGGGGGAACCUCCGCCCCACCCGAGUACUGCAAACCAGGGCACCAAGCCGGCGAGAGCUCCAGCAAAUCCGGUCGUGGAGACUCCUGUGGGAAAGAAGUCUUUACGCCAAAAAAUGGUGGAUGAACUGAAACAUUAUUACAAUGGAUUCCACUUGCUUUGGAUUGACACUAAGGUGGCUGCCAGGAUGGUGUGGAGGCUCCUACAUGGUCAGGUCCUCACCAGGAGGGAGAGACGGAGGUUGCUGAGAACUUGCGCAGAUCUCUUCCGGCUGGUUCCCUUCCUGGUGUUUGUCAUUGUCCCCUUCAUGGAAUUUCUGUUGCCCGUGUUCUUGAAACUCUUUCCUGAAAUGCUGCCCUCGACGUUUGAGACGGAGUCAAAAAAGGAAGAAAAGCAGAAAAAGAAAUUAAAUGCAAAGCUGGAGUUAGCAAAGUUCCUGCAGGAGACCAUUGCAGAGAUGGCCAAAAGGAACAAAGCAGAUACAGGACAAGGAAAACAGUUCUCCUCGUAUGUGCAACAGAUUCGUCACACCGGCCAUCAGCCCAGUACCCAGGAGAUCAUACGCUUCUCGAAGCUCUUUGAGGAUGAACUGACCCUGGAACACUUGGAACGGCCGCAGUUGGUAGCUCUUUGCAAAUUGCUUGAGCUGCAGCCCAUUGGCACCAACAAUCUGCUCCGCUUUCAACUUCUGCUGAGACUCAGAACUAUCAAGGCAGAUGAUGAAAUGAUUGCCAAGGAAGGAGUCAAUGGCCUAAGCGUGUCUGAGCUGCAGAGCGCCUGCAGAGCCAGAGGAAUGCGAUCGCUGGGUCUCUCAGAGGAGCAGCUAAAGGAACAGCUCGGGCAGUGGCUGGAUCUGCAUUUAAAAGAGAAUGUUCCACCUUCUCUGCUCCUGCUUUCCCGUGCCUUGUACUUAAUAGACAUAAAGCCACAAUCUGUUCCAGUUCCACAAAAUAAGAUAGGCGAAACUGCUGAAAUCGUGACAUCCGUUCUUGAAGGUCAAGAGACCCUGGUGGAUCCUGCCCCCCUUGUACGGGGAAGAAAGAAUGAAGAAUUUAUAUCUCAGCCAACAGAGAAAUUGCCAGUCUCAGAAGUGUCAGUUAAGCCUCCCCCACAAGAGACUAAAAUGGAAGCAUCUCAGAGCAGCAAGGCCGGCGCCAACGGCGCCUAGCCUGGAGCCAGCGAGGGCUGUCUAGCACCGGGACAGAAGAGCUUUCAUCCCUGCGUCUCCUUAGAAGGGAAGAGUGGUUUUCCAGGAGGCUGCUUUACACAGCAAGGUGUCGGCAGCCCUCGGGGGCCUCUGUCUAUUCCAAGCUUAUGAGCAACUCGGCCAUGCUAAGGCCGUCUGGAUGGCACCAGCUCCCCUUUUGUACUGGAUCCCCGACCCCCACCAUUUUAACUUCUGUUCUAAAUAUGUUAAUAAUGAUGCUGCUGUCUGUGCUGUUGCUGAAGAGGUGUUUGUGCUCUUAAACCUUAGGAAAGGCAGCUUUUCAUUGCCAUAAAGGCCUGGGUGCAGACAGAGCUAGGCUGGAAGUCCAGUAAAGCCUGUUCUACAGUUUGAAAUCCUCUGCAGGAACGUGCCCACCUAUGCAGGGCUUGCAGCUUGUCCUGCUGGCGCAGCUUUACAAGCUCAGGCUUUUGAUCCUACCUAGCACGGUUUAACCAAUAACUAGCGCACAGAAUGACACCUCUGGCUGUUGUAUUUCGCCAUCACGCUUGUGCCAAGGAGAAUAACCACAGCGAAGGGAGGACCAGCACUCUCCUCCGUGGUGGGGUUGAACUUCACUGGUCAGAAAGACUGAAGAACUCGCUGGCGGAGGGCAGAGCAGUGGAGAGAAUGGCUUCCACGGCGUGAGCGUUUGCCUUUGUCAGCAAGAGCUGCAGCGGGUGCCAGACACCGCUUCGGAAGGCAGAGACUUGCAUUUUUAGGAUCCCACUGGGUCACGCGAGGUAGCAACUCGGGGACCCACAGACAUUGCCCACGUCUGAUGUAAGACUUGGUUAAACCUGAUCAGGCUUGGAACUACACAGCAGCAAGUGCUCUCACACUUGCUAUACUUCACAAAAUGAUUCUUCACGCACUCCAGUGGUGACUGAUUUUUUGGUAGACUCUAUAGCAGGAUGCUGAAAAGCUGUUCUUAGCAUUUGUUAAUUUUUUUACUUCCUGCUCUGUAAGUGUUCAGAAAUACAUUAUGGAUUUUAAAUAAGUUUAUUUAUACUUACUGUAAAAUGAAAGUUAGACUUGGUGCUAAGUAGAAUGCAGUGUCUUUCCUAGAGGUCAGCCAGCCUUUAGAACAAUCCAACUCAAAAAAAGCCAGUCAGCUCAAGGGCGGGUGUUAUCAGCACUUUAAACAUGUGACUUCGGGUUUUUACUAGCAAGGCACGAACAGCUCGGGGAGGACGGCUGCUGUGGCACUGUGUUCUUAGCUCUGUACCUGCACCUUGUUAGUACAGCCAGUAUGCUGGGCUGAAUAUUUGUAUUUAACUGGUGGUUAGUAAAUGAGAGCAAAUGUUUUUUCAAUAAAAUAACCCCAUUGCUCCAGUACUA